GGCCCGCUUCCUGCUCCAGGCCGCGGGCGGGCGAGUCUGGCGCAGCCCCGGGCUCUGCCGCCGCGCCAUGUCCGCCGGCUGGUUGCGGCGCCGUUUGCUGCCCGGGGGUCCGCUCCCCGCCCCGCGCCCGUCUGCGCCGCGCGCCAGCCCCGUGCCCUACCGGCGGCCACGCUUCCUACGCGGCUCCGGCUCCAGCCCCGCCGCCGACGCCGCGCGCCGCCCGGACUCCCGGCCCGUGCGCAGCCCCGCGCGGGGCCGCACGCUGCCCUGGAACGCAGGCUACGCUGAGAUCAUAAAUGCAGAAAAGUCUGAAUUCAAUGAAGAUCAGGCUGCCUGCGGGAAGUUGUGCAUACGGAGAUACAACUUUGGAGCUGAAGAGGACCAAGAGUGGCUGACCCUGUGUGCAGAGGAGUUCCUGACAGGUCAUUACUGGGCCCUGUUUGACGGGCAUGGUGGUCCUGCUGCGGCCAUCCUGGCUGCCAACACCUUGCACUCCUGCCUGCGCCGGCAGCUGGAGGCCGUGGUAGAAGGCAUUGUGGCCACUCGGCCCCCCAUGCACCUCAGUGGCCACUGUGUCUGCCUCAGUGAUCCGCAGUUUGUGGAGGAAAAGGGCAUCAAGACAGAAGACUUGGUGAUUGGGGCUCUGGAAAGUGCCUUCCAGGAGUGUGAUGAGGUGAUUGGGCGGGAGCUGGAGGCCUCAUGUCAGGUGGGCGGCUGCACAGCGCUGGUGGCUGUGUCCCUGCAGGGAAAGCUGUAUGUAGCCAAUGCUGGGGACAGCAGGGCUCUUUUGGUACGGAGAGAUGAGACAAGGCCACUGAGCUCUGAGUUCACCCCAGAGACUGAGCGGCAACGGAUUCAGCAGCUGGCCUUUGUCUACCCAGAGCUUCUGGCUGGUGAGUUCACCCGACUGGAGUUCCCUCGGCGAUUAAAGGGGGAUGACUUGGGUCAGAAGGUUUUGUUCAGGGAUCACCACAUGAAUGGCUGGAGCUACAAACGCGUGGAGAAGUCAGAUCUCAAAUAUCCACUGAUUCACGGACAGGGUCGGCAGGCUCGACUCCUGGGAACACUGGCCGUCUCUCGGGGCUUAGGAGACCAUCAGCUCAGAGUCCUGGACACCAACAUCCAGCUCAAGCCCUUCUUGCUCUCUGUCCCACAGGUGACUGUGCUGGAUAUGGACCAGCUAGAGCUGCAGGAAGAUGAUGUGGUCAUCAUGGCAACAGACGGGCUCUGGGAUGUCCUCUCCAAUGAGCAGGUGGCACGGCUGGUGUGGAGCUUCCUCCCCGGGAACCGAGAUGACCCACACAGACUUACCACAUAAAGUUUGAUAAGCCAGCCAGGAGAUACCUGAGACAUCAGCUGACCUCACCAGACAUCAGCAACCAAGAAGCCCAGCCACAAUGGAAGGUAACUCCUCUGUUGGGGGGACUUUCCUUCUUUUACAAGUGACUAAGGCUGCUUGAUGGAUAUAUGGAACAUUUCUGACACCAAAGACUGAUUUGAUUGCUGUUUGGAGAUGACGAGGCAACAGAGUUAAGGCUUUGACUUUUGCAGGAAACAGGAGGGCUUCCACAUACUGUGUGGGGCCUGUUUAUGCAAGUUCCCUCUUGCUGUUGGUCCUUGCAGCAUGGAGGGGUGUCCCCUUUAAGUAGCUGUGGUUUUUCACCCCCCUAGAGAAAUGAGGCCAAGGCAUGCUAAGGUGGCUGGCUCGAACAUGCCCUUGGGCCCUAGAGCUGGACAGGAGCUGCGAUCUAGAUGCUUUGGCCUGAAAAAGAGUUCUCCAGGUCACUUCCUUAUAAAGGAGGCAUGUGCUCUGUCUACCUAAUAUUAUUUCCUUUGGGGUGGUAUCUUGACAAUGUAGACUCAGGUGGCUAUUGAGAUAGUUCCCUCUAGUGAUGUUUGUGGGGCCCAGUAAGUUAUCCGCUCACUCUGAAGGAGUACGCCUUAUGAAUUACUGCUCUACCCCCACCACCCACUUCUGGGUCUCUUAUGCCUCCUGCCCCCAAGCUUUCUUCAAAGGAAGAAUUCAAAUUAUUUGGCUGUUUGUUAAUGUAGGGAAAGAGUUGGAAAGUACAUGUGGGAAAAAGAAAUUUAUGUGUUCUAAAUUUUGCACUUUGAGGGCCAGGGAUAUAGCUCAGCUGCACAGCACCUUCCUGGCAAGUGUGAGGUCAUGAGUUCGAUUUCCAGUACUAAAAAAAAAUUCUCCCCCGACACUCUGGAGUUACUUUUUAAUGCUAGUCCUUUCCCCCAUUCUCCUCAGUUUUAGUAUUACUCUGACCUCAAAUUUAUGUCCUUACGUAAAAGGACGUGUAAUCUAUGUUUGCUCACUGAAUUUUCACUGUGUUUGACUUUUGAGGUUUUUGUCAAUAGACAUGUAUGGUUUGCGGUUUGAUCUAGGAAGAUGAGUUUUUUUGGAGACGUUUUAGUCUCUGUUCCUAUUCUGCAGGGUAGUGCAAUAUCAUCUGUGGAAGUGCCUGUUUCUUAGCCAAAAUCCAACAGCCACAUCUAUGGAAAACUCAGGGGUCUGGGUUUUACUGAAUAAAGAAUUUGUUAUGUACCUCCUCAAA